AUGGAAUUCAACGUCUCCUCGUUUUACGAAGGCGAAGAAUCUAGCAAACACCUCAACAGCACUGCAUUAGAACAAGAUGAAAACGAGCAAAAAGAAUGGAAGCUCUCACCGAUUGCUGCGGAGAACAGACGCUCGAAGACGUCGGUUUUUCGGCCUAACAAAUUUAAAUCGCCUUUGAAAACUGUUAACACUACUGACUGCUCAACAUCAGGUUAUGACUCGAAAAAUUCUUCAUCUAACACCCCACAACGGCCAUCAUCGUCAUCUGAAUCGAAGCUCUCCAUGUCGGCCGAACUCUCCUCAUUUGUUGCCAACAAUAGUCUAAACCCAUUCGAUUCCAUUAUCAUGAAUUCCCUACACAAGUCACUCGAUUUCAGUCCGCGAUUUGUUUUAUCUAAAGAAUCUGGAAGCCAGCAAAAAUCAGACGGAAAGUUCCAGUGGAGUGUGGAACAGUUAGCGAUUCUGAAGCCAGCUCAUAUCUCGGACGAUGAAAUAGCAGCUAGCUAUCGUUCGCCAAUACCCGAAGUCGAGGAGAAGAUUCAAGAGGCGCUGAACGAGUACUGGUCCAAGAACGUCAGUUAUAUUCCAUCUCCAGACGGCCCUCGCUUUGUGAAUCUGAAUCAUCGCGAUGGAACAGUCACUACGAUACAAUAUGGAGCAGAAGCAUCGACGUCCGGUACUUCUGAUGGAAAUACGCCUUGCUUAGCUAAUCUUGUUCGAAAAAAAGAAGCUGUGAAGGCAGCUUAUGCUACUUCAUCGCCGAAGCAGAGACCAAGAAAAAAUAUCCGCCAAGUACGGAAUCGUACCAGUCAAACUGAGCUCACGAUUCCUCCAACUAUGGAUCUGGACCUGAAGAAACUGUUCGGAGAGAGUUUUGUGUAUCAAGAUGAGCAAGAAGAUGACGAUGAAGAGGUGUUCAAUAUAUCCGCGUGCUCGAAUAUAUCUACUCGACGACGUCUAUUUUCCGCGGGAGGUCAAGACGACGUUGGCAAUGAUGACGUCAAUAAUACGUCGAUACUCUCAACGGACUUGAACGAGUCUUCAGCACAGCCGUUUAACGAUUCCUUGUCGCCCGUUCGCCCAUCAAGGGAUGUCACCGAGGACAUAGAAGACAAUCUAGAUCAGGAGACCGCUUCGACGUCUGCUACACGAUCGCACGCUUCUCAAAUCGCCAUCAACAUUUCGAUUCUCAACGAUUGCAUGAUGAAUUCCAUCGACGAGGCCGAGGAAGAUCAGAAGCGAGAGGCAGCGAACGAAGAGGAGCACGACAUAAGCCGGAGAGUAUUCUCUGAUUCGCAUAUACACGCCAACGAAUACGAAAUGCUCGAUCGCUCCUCGUCAUCCAACGCUACUCCUCGGCAUGAAGACCUCGAUUGGACGCCACGACGACACACUGGAUCCGUCACCAACUCUGCCAAUCGGCCAACGCCAUCCGGAGCUUUCGGAUCCGGAGGAGCGGCUCCACAAGAUUUCCGGCGUUUUGUCUUUGACAUGUCGCCGAUUCAUCCAAAUCAUAAUGCUCCAUCCGUGAGAGGGACGCCUAUUCAGCGGUGUUAUUCGAGUUUUCCACAAGUUCGGUUGGAUCUGAACGACGACGACGAAGAUGAUUUAGGUGAUCUUUCGAAGUGA